GUGUGUGUGUGUGUGUGUGUGUGUGUGUGUCUGUGUGCGUGUGCGUGUGCGUUUACUGCCGUCUGGCGAUGACAGCGAACAGGGACAACAUGUGAUUCUGCCGGCUCGUACAGUAAUGACGCUGGGAUACAGGCCGACACCAUUUCAUUAAACAAAUUUCGGCUGAAGGUCAAACUGAAAUCACCUGAACCACAUCCCAUUGGAACAUUUCUACAAACCGACGCCAGGAGGAGGAUACUAGGGAAGGCUGUUCGCUCUAGAUCGAAGAGAUCAUACAAUAUUAUUUCGUCCUCUUAACCGAUUCGCACCGUUAACGCGAUGACUGACUCGGUGGUGGAAGGCAUGACGGACGUCAAACAGGCGACGAAAUAUGUGAAAGAAACCGAGAAUGUCGCAGAGAAAUAUUCAUCCCUGACUGUGAGCAAGAACAGCGAUAUGAACAUGAACGUCGGGGAGCUGCCGUCUGCAGCGUUCACUGCGGUCCCGACUCUGAAAUCCGUCAAGAAGAUCCAGUUUGCCAACGCGGAGGACAAGCAGGAGUUCAGCAAGUACCCCACCAAAGCCGGCCGGCGCUCUCUGUCCCGGUCCAUCUCUCAGUCCUCCACUGACAGCUACAGCUCAGCUGCCUCCUACUCUGACAGCUCAGAUGAUGAGACCUCACCCCGCGAAAAGACUCAGGCCAACACCCAUGGUAGCAGCGACUUCUGUGUCAAGAACAUCAAACAGGCCGAGUUCGGCCGACGUGAGAUUGAAAUCGCAGAGCAAGAUAUGUCAGCUCUGAUCUCCCUGAGGAAGAGAGCCCAGGGGGAAAAGCCAUUGGCCGGGGCCAAGAUCGUAGGCUGCACCCAUAUAACAGCACAGACUGCAGUUCUGAUCGAGACCUUGGUCGCCCUGGGCGCCCAGUGUCGCUGGACGGCUUGUAAUAUCUACUCCACUCAGAACGAGGUGGCGGCGGCUUUGGCCGAGAGUGGGGUGUCUGUAUUUGCCUGGAAAGGGGAGUCGGAGGACGACUUCUGGUGGUGCAUCGAUCGCUGUGUCAACACAGAGGGCUGGCAGGCCAACAUGAUUCUGGACGACGGGGGGGACCUCACCCACUGGGUCUAUAAGAAGUACCCCAGCGUGUUCAAGAAGGCCCGCGGCAUCGUGGAGGAGAGUGUCACUGGGGUGCACAGAUUGUACCAGUUAUCGAAGGCAGGCAAGCUGUGCGUCCCUGCUAUGAAUGUCAACGACUCUGUUACCAAGCAGAAGUUCGACAACCUCUACUGCUGCCGUGAAUCCAUCCUAGAUGGAUUGAAGAGAACCACUGAUGUAAUGUUUGGAGGAAAGCAGGUCGUUGUGUGCGGUUACGGGGAGGUGGGAAAAGGCUGCUGUACUGCCCUCAAGGCGCUUGGAGCCAUCGUGUGCAUAACAGAGAUCGACCCCAUCUGUGCUCUGCAGGGCUGCAUGGAUGGCUUCCGAGUGGUCAAACUGAAUGAGGUCAUUCGGCAGAUGGACCUCGUGAUAACCUGCACUGGCAACAAGAAUGUUGUUACCAGGGAACAGCUAGACCGGAUGAAGAACGGCUGUAUCGUGUGCAAUAUGGGACACUCAAACACAGAGAUUGACGUGGCAAGCCUGCGCAGUCCUGAACUGACCUGGGAGAGGGUACGCUCUCAGGUAGACCACAUCAUCUGGCCUGACGGCAAGAGGGUGGUCCUCCUGGCAGAGGGCCGGCUCCUCAACCUGAGCUGUUCCACAGUGCCCACCUUUGUUCUGUCCAUCACUGCUACCACUCAGGCCUUGGCUCUGAUUGAGCUGUUCAAUGCUCCAGAGGGACGAUACAAACAGGAUGUGUAUCUGCUACCUAAGAAGAUGGAUGAGUAUGUGGCCAGCCUGCACCUACCUAACUUUGAUGCCCACCUGACUGAGUUGUCAGACGAGCAGGCAAAGUACAUGGGCCUCAACAAAAAUGGCCCCUUCAAACCCAACUAUUACAGGUAUUGAUGGGACUACCUGAUGGCCUGGGAUUAAGAAAAAGUAUUUCCAAUGUUCAUUUGUGGUUUUAAGUUUUGCAAAAUUCAUGAUUCAUUUCACUUUCUGAAUGUAACUGCAUAUUAGCAAUAUAAGACACUGUGUUAGAUGCAAUUAGAAAAAAAAAAAAUGUUAUAUAUAACAUUAAAGGUCUGUCACAUGUUAAAAAGCCUGCUU